UAAGUCGUUGCUGUUGCGUUACGAAAUGUAGCAGAGGAGGCUUGUUGGCCUGAGGCCGGUGGGGUCGAUCCUUCCCGGCGGUCCGGCCCCUGCGUAUUAUCACCCGCGUCUGACACCAUCUUCCCCCGCAACAACUCGUUCGCUGGCUAAUCACUAGUGAGAAAGAGAAAGCUCAUCCGACGCACUCUUCCCUUCCACCCGAAGAAAUUCUCAAUCACAAGCUCUCCGCACCCAGUAAGAUGGACCUUCACUUUCUUUCUUUUUCUUUAAAAUGACACCCGAAUUCCCCGUUCCUCAUCGCAGCGAACGAGUGCAAGGGAUUGUGAAAAAAUGUCGAACAGGUGGUGGGUAAUCGUGGUGGCGAUUUUGCUGGCGGUGGUCGCAGUUGAAGGGGAUUCUUCGACGCCCCGGCUGGAGAAGGUUGUGAAGGGGAAGAAGGUCUGUGACAGGGGGUGGGAGUGCAAAGGAUGGUCGCAGUAUUGUUGCAACGAGACGAUCUCCGACUACUUCCAGGCCUACCAGUUUGAGAAUCUAUUUUCCAAGCGGAACUCGCCGGUGGCCCACGCCGUUGGGUUCUGGGACUACAAGUCUUUCAUCACCGCCGCCGCCCUUUACCAGCCCCACGGGUUCGGUACCACCGGCAACAAGACCACGAGGAUGAAGGAGGUCGCCGCGUUCCUUGGUCAUGUCGGCAGCAAAACCUCUUGUGGUUAUGGGGUGGCCACAGGAGGACCUUUUGCCUGGGGUCUAUGCUACAACAAGGAGAUGAGUCCCAGCCAGUCAUACUGUGAUGACUUCUACAAGUACACCUAUCCUUGCACUCCUGGUGUUGAGUACUAUGGCCGUGGCGCUUUGCCCCUCUACUGGAACUACAACUAUGGAAAAGCCGGGGAAGCCCUCAAGGUGGAUCUGUUGAGCCAUCCAGAGUACAUUGAGCAGAAUGCUACCCUUGCCUUCCAGGCUGCAAUCUGGAGGUGGAUGACCCCAGUCAAGAAGUCCCAGCCUUCAGCUCACGAUGCCUUUAUUGGCAACUGGAAGCCCACCAAGAACGACACCUUGUCCAAGCGUGUUCCUGGGUUCGGUACCACCAUGAAUAUCCUUUACGGGGACCUUGUUUGCGGGCAGGGUGAUUCUGAUUCCAUGAACAACAUCGUCUCUCAUUACCAGUACUACCUGGACUUGAUGGGAGUUGGCAGAGAGGAGGCAGGGCCGCAUGAAGUGCUCGCUUGUUCAGAGCAGAAGGCCUUCACCCCAUCGUCUACUGCUGCUUCUUCUUGAGCAUUUCAUGAUUCGGAUUCAUAAUCUUCUUCAAACAAGCAGCCUGAACAAUAAGGACAAGUGAGUGAGAUCUUGCUUUGGGAUCAAUGUCAUAGCUUUGAAUCCAGGGUUUGGGUAAAUCCACUUGUUAUUUUGUAGAUGUUGGAAUCAGUUUGUACCUAUGGUAACAAGAUUUGCAAUGUUGGUGUGAACCUUAUAAUUGUAUAUGCAUUUUGAUCUGUUCAUAUAUAUAUAUAUAUAUAUAUCCCAUGAUCUUGAACCUA